UUCUUCUAAAUUUAGGCAACCAGACGUACACGAAAUAAAAUUUCAAAUGAUAUUCACACGGACUUAUUAUAUAAUAUCUAUGGAAAAAAGGGAACAAAUAUAAAACGAUAAGUAAUGACUUGCAAGCGUUAUGUAAACACGAUGCAUCAUGCGCGUACCUUUUGACAAAAUUCGAUCAAAUCUUGACCAUGCACAACAUAACCUAAAAAUCCAAAUCAUUUUUUUUCUAAAAUAAGCAAAUGAAUUCAUUUGUGCAUUGAUUAUUGAAAUAUGUUAGCACAUUACAAACUGUAUGGAGGAGCAAAAAAUGGGAGAAGUAACCACCGAAAAUCCAAUUUCGGACCGAUCACCCGUGAGUCUAUUGAGCCAAGUAAAAUACGAACAUCUCGUCGCCGGUAUAUCAGGGGGCGUCACAGCGACCCUUAUUUUACACCCCCUGGACAUUAUUAAAACUCGAUUUGCAGUAAAUGAUGGCAGAGGACACAACAUUCCCAAAUACAAUGGUAUUACCAAUGCCUUUGUUACAAUCUAUAGACAAGAAGGUUUUACAGGCCUAUAUAGGGGUGUCACCCCUAAUAUGUUAGGCGCCGGAGCUUCUUGGGGCCUGUACUUUUUAUUCUACAAUGCACUGAAAAUGAGACUACAAGAUGGGAAUAUUGACAAGCCCUUGAGCGCAACACAGCAUAUGAUAUGCGCUUCUGAGGGUGGUUUUCUAACAUUGCUCUUGACAAAUCCAUUAUGGGUCAUGAAGACGAGAAUGUGUCUGCAGUAUGAAGGUGCAAAACAGAAGUAUGAAGGUUUGGUAGAUUGCUGUAUGAAAAUUUAUAGAGAUCAUGGUGCUAGAGGUUUCUAUAAGGGGUUACUACCUGGUAUAUUAGGGGUAUCGCAUGGUGCAGUACAUUUCAUGGUGUACGAAGAGCUAAAAAGGAACUACUCCGUAUACAAAAACCAGCCAAUAAGUACAAAAUUAGGCACUAUAGAAUACUUGGCUUUUGCUGCUACCUCAAAAUUAGUGGCAGCAACGGUGACUUUCCCAUACCAAGUAAUACGGACAAGGCUACAAAACCAAAACUAUUCUUAUAAUGGAGUACUUGAUUGUGUAAAUCAAACGUGGCGAUAUGAGGGAUGGAGAGGAUUUUAUAAAGGCUUGGGGCCAAAUUUAGUGAGGGUUAUACCAGCCACUAUGAUCACAUUUGUUACCUAUGAAAAUAUAUCACAUUUGUUGUUAAAUUAUAAGUUGAAUGCUAGUGCUAAUGCUUAAAAUUGUUGUAUAAGUUGUUUAAUGAAUAAAUAUGUGCAACACGUCUUUUUUUAUCAUCCAAAA